AUUAAAGACAGAGAAGAAGACGACACGUAGCCUCAAUAAUGGCGGAGAGUACAGUUUCGAAUGAAGGCUCGUCUUUUAUGGAUCCUCUUAAAGGGCUUUUGUUGACAUAUUUUAUGCCCGAAUCAUGUUACGACGAGUUCUUUCUCAAUUUGAACUUCUUGGACGUACCAUGUCUGAAGAUUGUACUGAGCAAAGGCCUGGGGAUCGGCAUCAUCCUGGGAUCAGUAAUGGUCAAGCUGCCUCAGAUCUUAAAGCUAAUGGGAGCAAAGAGUGCUGAGGGGCUGAGCUUCAAGUCUGUGCUGCUGGAGCUGCUGGCCAUCACUGGAACAAUGGCCUACAGUAUCGCCAACAAGUUCCCUUUCAGUGCCUGGGGCGAGGCUCUGUUCCUCAUGAUGCAAACGGUCACCAUAGGCUUCCUCAUUCAGCACUAUGGAGGAAGAAGCAGCAGAGGUCUCCUGUUUCUGGUCGUGUAUUUUGGCCUGCUGGUCCUCGUACUGUCUCCAGUCACUCCCAUAUCAGUGGUUACCUCCAUGCAGGCCUCUAACGUGCCAGCCAUCAUCAUCAGCAGGCUAAUCCAGGCAUGGUCUAACUUUUGUAAUGGGCAUACUGGCCAGCUGUCUGCGGUUUCUGUCUUCCUGCUGUUCGCUGGAUCCCUCGCCCGCAUCUUCACCUCACUACAGGAAACCGGAGACUCACUGAUGGCCCUCACCUACGUCAUAUCAUCAACUUGUAACGGCAUCAUCGCUCUGCAGGUCCUCUACUACUGGAACAGCUCCCCAGAACGCAAAAAGAAGAAGAAAAAGAAGAGAGAGUAGGCAAAGGACAGAUGCUAAGAAGAGUGUUGCUCUAAGAUUAAAGUUUAGCACCAGACACUCUCAAAGAGGUGUCUUCAAAACGUUAAAGAACUAAUUGAAAUGCAUGAACAGAGCCACUGGGGAGUGUGGCACAUGGAAUCUGCUGGACAAACAAUAGGCUUGGAAGUUGGGAUGUGAAUGCAACAUGCCCAGCAGAUCACGUAGGCCCACUGGCUUUAUGAUUGACAGUUAGCUGGUUUUAUUGGUGAUGUUUAGCUCUGAGCAGGACUGCUGGGUACAGACUCCCGCUGUGCAAAACACCGUUAUUACAUUCCUCUUGUUCCAGUUUUCCUAAUUAUAAUCAGGCUAUGUUCACACUGGUGUGUUUAAAAUAUUUGGAAAUGGUUUGUGCACUGACAUGUUGACAUUUGACAUUUGACAUUGACAGUUUUCACAUUGAGGGACCCUGAUUACUAUCCUUAUCAUCACUUUUUUCAUCAUUUUUUUGGGGGGGGGGGGGGAUUGAUUUGAAACAGUUUUGACAUUGGAUGCAUGUAAAGAAUGAUUAGUUGUUUUAUAAUUUCACAUAAACAUAAUUCCACACUAGCUCCUACAUUUGUACGGUCUAUUCUAUGGUCUGUUAGGUGACAUUAUGGGCUGACAUCAUUGAAAAUGUGUGCAAUAUGAUGCAAAUUACCACUUACUUGUGACACCUAUGAAAGCUUCUGAAUUUGAUAUUUCCUUACUCCUUGAUCUUCACUUGAACCGGAGGUUGUUCUGGUCCGCCACCUUGUAGGCCAUUCCAAAGGCGCCAUCCGAUUUUUGGCAACUCAGCCUCUAAUGGGCUAGUACUCUUAGCCUUCAUUGGUUCCGUUGGUUAUCCCAAAGCUCUUAUUGGUGCUCCAAGUAGUGAGGAGUGAUCUGAGGAGCCAUGAGUGAGGAUACCUGAGAGCAGCCUUCACAGAAGUCUUUUACUGAUUGAUUGGACGCUGCAGCUGAUCGUACUGAGCUGAUACAUCACAACAAGUUUCAUUCCAGAGUGAAGACAGAUUAAACUUGUGUGUCACUCCUGAGUUUUAUAUUUGAUUUGUUUUCUGAUUCACCAUCUAGAUAUGAAUCUGUGUUCAUUGUAGGUCGGAACAACAAAGGACCACAAACAGAUUUCUUCAUUUAUUAAAAAGAUUUUUCUUUUCA